GGUACAUUGAGGAGGAUACCUGUGAGAGUCAAAUAUAUGCCACUGUCCUGGGUCCGUUCAGCUGUAAUCCGCCGACAAGCGAACUGGGAAAAUCCCCUUUGGUUUCGACCGCAGCCGUCCAUUCCAAAGAGAUCCAUAUCCUCGCAACUCUAAUCCAUAUUAUCACCAAAAUGGCCUUCAUCGAUAACACUAUGACUGUAGGCGGCGUUACCCUAGCGCGCGAAGAAGAGCACCGCCGUCUUAUCGACAUGCAAUGGCGCUGCAUGUCGGAGAUUAAGCAACUUCGUGAUCAUGAAUCAAGCUUUGGCACAGAAGAAUAUCGUAUUCUCCAGGAAAAGAUAGCUGCCUACAAUGAGGUU